AUGUAUUCUUAAUUUAUUUUAAGUGUGAUAGGAUGCUUCUUAAUAAUUUUAUCAACAUUCUGGUUCAGAACACCUAUAAUAGACAUAAAUGAAAUAAGUGCACAUAGAUAACCAAUGUAUGAUUAAAUUAUUUUGUUUUUUUUGGAUGCUACAGGAUAUCGAUAUAUUAUCAAUGAAAAUAGAGAUCAUUAAAUAUUCUAAACUAUUACUCUAUUGAAAGAAUUAAGAUAGAAUUAUCCAGAACAUUCAUUUCUAUAAAAGACUAAAGCAGUACCACCAUCAACUGAUUUUACUAUAUUAAGUAUUAUAAAUGGAAUCAAAUAAAUGUAAAAUAAUCUAGAUGUUAUAUUCAAAUCAUAUCCAGCACCAUAUGAAGAUUCUAUUUUAAGAAAACAAUUUGAAACAGCAUUAUAUUCAAGUAAAAAAUAGGAUUGGUUAAGAAUGAGUUCAGGGGAGUUCACUUAUAUUGAAAAUCCUUAAUUUUUUAAUUUAGAUAAUAUAUAAAUAGCAGAUGUCUCAUCUUAUUAAUUUUUUAAACAAUCAUUCUAAAAACCAGAACCAGAUUAUUAAUUAUAUGUUGUUCAUAUGAUGGGAUUUGAUGCAUUAGGACAUGCAUUAUAAUAUUAAGAUUAUGAUAAAGGAAUAUAAUUAUUAAGAAUAUAUAAUUCUAUCUUAGAAGGUGUUGUCAAUAAUCUUAAAAAUAAUUAACUAUUAGUUGUUAUUGGUGAUCAUGAUCAAAGUAAAAGAGGAAAACAUUAUUAGUGCUCUCAAGAAUCAUAUGAAUGUGAAGGAUUUAUAUUUGCAUUCAAUAUCAAUGGUCUAUUUCAAAAUGAUUAAAUCUAUCCAUUUUAUGAACCAACAGAUUUAUCAGCUACUAUUUCAUCACUUUUAGGAUAUUCACCUACAAGUUAAAAUCUUGGUAAAAUUAUUCCUUAAUUUUAUCCUAAAAAUACAAAUCAAUCUGAAAUCUAAAAUGAUUAAGAAACUAUCAAAUAAUAAGUACUCAAAUAUCUUGAAACACAAUCAUUCAAAAUAUCAUCUACUUUCAUUCAAGAAUUAAAAUUAGUACCUGCUGAUUAAGUAAUUAGUCAUGUUUAAAGAAAUUUAUAAGUUGGACUACCAAGAAAAGAUACCUUUAUUAUUGGAAUAAUGUUAUUAUUAUUUAGUAUCUAUACCAUAAGAACUCUAUGGGCAUUUUAACAAAUCAUUAUCAUAGUCUCUACUGGCUUCUUUGGAACUUAAAUUUAAUUUAUUGGAUUAUUAAUUUUAGUAAUCUUAAAGAAAGAAUAUAAUUUUAAAUGGAUUCUUAAGUUAUUAGCAAUAGUCAUAUUUAUUCAACUUCAUUAUAUGCAAUAUAUUCCAGAAUUUCUCUUCUCUAUUGAAAUACAAUUCCUGCUCAUUUUAGCGAUCAAAUUUUAUACCUACAUCCAAUCGGGAUAAACUUUUACUAAAUGGAGAGUAUCUCUAUUAUUUGCUAUGGUAGCAAUUUCAUAAAUUACAGUUUAUGUCUUUUUCCUUUUGGGUUAAAGUGAAUUUGAAUUCAAAAGAACUCUAUUGUUAAGUCUUAUCAUUUUCAUAUUCUUACUAUGCAUUAUUGAUCCAAGAUAUUUUAAUCAAGGAAAAAUUAAAGUACUAUAUCUAACCAUACUUUUUAUUUUAUCAGACGUUACUGUCAUUUUCUAACUUAAUUACUCAUAUAAUUUUAUUUAAUUUACUUUCCUAUUUGUGCUCAUUUAAUUUACAGAUGUUAGAUAUAAUGUACUCAUAUCAAAAAUCAUAUAUAAUUAUAUCAAUCCCAUAAAAAUUGAUCAUUAAGUAUUUAGAGGUCAUUAAUAAAUAAAUAUGAAUUCAAUGAUUAUACUCACUUAAGAAUUUGAUAUUGGACCAUCAUUAUUUUCUGUAUUUAUAGGCAGUUUUGGAUGCUAAAUAAUUGGAAUUGCCUCUUUGUUUUUUAAUAAGCUUCAUUCAGAUAGACAUUAAAUUGUUGGUGCUCUUAUAGUUUCUUCUAUUUCUAAUAUACUCUUAGAUUCAUGGUAAAUUCUAAAUUACAAUUAAUCCAUUCUAAACACAAACUAAAUGAUUGAAUAACAAAUAGGAUUGUUAAAUAGUUUACCAUUGAAAUUACUUGAAUUGCUUCUAUUUAACUUUGCUUAUGUAUUAUUAGUCAAAUAAACCAAGAAACAAAGAGAUAUAUGA